AUGACAAUACUUUGGAAUGCGACUGGUAUUGAUAUUCACCCAUGGGAGCUCGCUAUUAAUGGAGAACAAUGGGCUGGCAAGAUCCGAUUGAUUGGAUUCGUGGACGUCUUUUUCCUCAUCUCAUACUCUGCGAAUGCCCGUUUCGAGCAUGGAAUUAUCGUUUAUAAGGACAAAUUGGCCCUCGAAGAAUUGACGGGGAUUACCUCUCAUCCAAGCCAAGGAGUAGCCCAGGGAGACGCCAAUGCUGCGGACCACCACGAGCCUGAAGAGAACGUGGAGGACCUAGAAGAAGCCAGUGACCAGGCAAACUCCGACUCCAAUGAGAAACAGGACAAGGAAGAAAAGGCAACCGAGGGGCAAGAUAGCCAAGCGGGGCAGGACAAGGACACCAACGACCAGACCGAAGGCAUGGUGGCGCCCGAGUUCCGCAAAACAAGCACUAUCUCGAUCAAAAGUUUGGGUCAUCCGGUCGGACUGCGCGCGUCGUAUCCCAAGUCAUGGAUCCGCAGCUACAAAGUGGAGAUCACAAAGCCUGCAUCUUCAGGAUUGACCAAGCGUAUCCUGCGGGGACUGAAGCCACACAGUACUUAUGACCUGAUGGGCGAUGUGAUUCGCUGCGGCAUCAUCUCACAAGGCCAGCUGGCAGGACACAUUAUGGGAGUUGUUCUGGCUGGAACCCGCCUUGAUGACACCACCAAAAAGUACCUUCAGGGAUUGACGGCAGGCGAUGGUGCUGGUCGGCAGUCAUUGUCGAAUGAGAAGAUUUAA